ACUGACAGGUAAAUAACACGAUACUUUGGGUAUCGUGUAAGCCACUUACCUGACAGAUAAGUACAUAGUGAAGUUAAAAAUCACAGCGAGCGGUAUGCUAUCCCAAGUUUUGUGCAUAUACAUUGAUUAAUCUUGUGUGAUUUUGGAUAUUACGUACGGUAUCGAAAAUGGAAUUAUGUGAAAAUGUAUUUCUUUAUGGUGAUGAUAAUGAAAACUCAUCUGAUGAAGAAAUACAUAUAAUAGUGCGCCGUAAACGAUAUACAGUUCGUCCACGUCCAGAUUUAUUUAAUGAAUAUGAUAACAUAGAAUUUGUUAGACGAUUUCGACUUCACAAACGCACUGUUCAGAUGAUUUUAAAUCUUAUUGAAGAAACAAUAAGAAGCAGGACUGACAGAAAUCAUGCUGUGUCACCACUACACCAAUUAUUACUUACAUUACGAUUCUAUGCAACUGGAACCUUCCAAGACACAAUUGCUGAUUUUGGUGGUAUUCACAAAUCCACAAUGUGCAGGAUUAUAAAAAAGGUUACAACAGCAAUAGCAUCUUUACGGCCACAAUAUAUUAACUUUCCUAAUACGAAUCAGAGUCUAAGGCAAACAAAAGAAAAAUUUUACAAUAUUGCUUGUUUCCCCAGAGUCGUAGGGGCAAUUGAUGGUACUCACAUCAAAAUACUGUCGCCAGGUGGAGAAGAAGCUGAAGUAUAUAGGAACAGAAAAGGGAUAUUUACUAUAAAUGUACAGGUUAUUUGUGAUGGUACUUUAAAAUUUUUAGACAUUGUAGCACGGUGGCCUGGUUCAACCCAUGACGCUACAAUCUUUAAUGCUAGCAGAGUACGUGCAAGAUUUAUUAAUGGUGAAAUAGGAAAUGCACUAUUACUUGGUGACAGUGGUUAUGCUUGCUCAAACUUUUUAUUUACACCACUGCUUGAAACUCAUAAUCGAGCUGAAGAAUUAUAUAAUGAAUCUCAAAUACGAACACGAAAUGUCAUUGAAAGAUGUAUUGGAGUAUGGAAACGAAGAUUUGCUGCACUGGCAUUUGGUUUAAGACUUCAUCCUUUAACUGCACAAGCUGUAAUAGUAGCUACUGCAGUACUGCACAAUAUUGCACGAAACAUGGGAGAACCUGAUCCAGUAAUCGAUUUUGAAGUCGAAGCUGCAAUUGAGGAAUUGGAAGUCCAAGAAGUACAAUAUAAUAAUGGCAUUAAUAAUGCAAAUGAACGACGUUCAUUAAUUGAUAUAUAUUUUGCAGGUCUUGUUCGUUGAAAUGUACAACUGGUUAAUAUAUUCUGACAUCAGAAAUGAAAAAUUAUACAACAC